AUGGCGGAAGCAUACACAGUAGACUAUGGCAGUAGUGUGACACUGCAGUAUGAUUUUGACCGUGGAGAAUGUAUGGAACUUCAAGUCAUAAAAGCCAUUUUGCAAAAGGUGGAAAAUGGUGGCUCCUUGCCCAAUGAUAAAGCCACUCUGCUGGAGGAUCAGGUGCCCCUGGGGAAGGCUUCAUUCCACAUCUCCCAGGUCCAAGUGAGAGAUGCAGGCCAAUACCUUUGUGUGGUCAUAUGCAGACAUGCCUGGGACUACACGCAUCUGACCAUUAAAGUCAAAGCUUCCUAUAAGAAAACAGAUACUGGCAUUCUACAGUUCCCAGGAACAGAUGAGGUGGAGCUCACUUGCCAGGCUACAGUACCUCUGGCCAAAGUGUCAUGGCCAAACACCAGUAUGGAACCCAAAGUCGCCACAAUGUCUUGGACUCACAUUUUCAUAUUUUCCUGCAUCAUGGCUCUAAUUCUCAUCGCCAUGAUGGUAAUCCUGAGAAGGUGGCUAUCCGUGAAGAGAAUUCUAGCAAAGUGCAAUCAGAACCAGCAGCCACCUCACCUUACAUCCUUUAUAACCAUCUUUAUGACUAUAAUGUCCAAAUGCAACAGCUGUGUGGGCUCCAAAACACUGAAGUCUGUUGGCAUUCAUACCUGGCUGGGCUGCAACAACCUAAGCCAGUCAGAGUCCUUACCUACAAAGAGUCCACUGGUCUGUAAAGUCAAAGGUGACUGUCACCCGGGUGUCUGCCCCAUGUUGGGAGAGUCGGAUGCUCAAGAAUCAAAGUGA